AUGCUUUCUUUCUUACUGUCUACGGCAGUAAUGAGGCCUCACAGGCACCAUCACUAUCGCGUCUUCCCAGAGGCUAAUGGCGCCUCCGCCGUUUGCACCUCGAGCAACGGUAUCAAUAUUCGAAACGGUCCUUCAACAUCAAACGGCAUCCUUGGUGCUAUUGGCUAUGGUGCAAGUGUUCCAGUCACUGGCCGCAGUGGCGACUGGUGGCAAGUCAGCUACAAUGGCCAAACAGGCUACUGCUAUUCCGAGUUUGUACGCGUUCCAGGCACAGUUAAUGCCAAUGGUGGACUCUUUAUCCGCUCCGGUCCAGGCACUGGCUUUGGCAUUGUCAGCAGUCUUGCUAAUGGCGCUAGCGUUCAAAUUACAAAUGUUAGAAACAACUGGUUCUAUGUAGGCAAUGGCUGGUCAUCAGGUGAUUACAUCACAGUUGGCGGAAACCCAGCCCCAGCUCCAGGCCCAUCCGGUGGCGUAAUUACUGAUUCUCAAAUGCAAAGAAUGGGCUGGUCCGAUUACAGACUUGCCGAUUUGAAUGCAUGCUGCUCCAGAUUCGGAAUUACAACCUCUGCAAGAAUUCACCACUUCAUUUCCCAGUGCUCCCAUGAAUCUGGUUGCGGACGCUACAGAAGAGAAAUUGCCUCUGAUGCGGAUUACGAAUGGCGCAGAGAUCUUGGCAAUAUCUACGCAGGCGAUGGUCCAAAGUACAAAGGCGGUGGCUAUAUCCAAUUAACAGGAAGAGCUAAUUACCAAGCUCUCGCUACCUACCUUAAUGAUCCUAACGUUAUUAAUAUUGGUGUUGACUAUGUCGCCGAGAACCUUCCAUGGACAUCAGCAGGCUACUGGUGGUACAGAAAUGGAAUGAACUCUCUUUGCGACAAUGGUGCUUCUGUCGAACAAAUUACAAGACGUGUUAACGGCGGAUACAACGGCCUUGAAUCCAGAAGGAUGUACUACAAUCACGCAUGUGGCAUCUUCUAA